CGCACACCACAUCAGCAACCUGACUUUAAGUGCUACUGGGACCUGGGAUUGAAGUGUUUUCUUUGACUUUCACUCUUUUUACUCAUAAUGUUGCCUUAAGGUCACUGCACAGGAGCUCUCUGAUCACAGCCUGAUCCCUGGCUAACCUGAUGCUGAUGCCACGGGGAAACUGGAUCCACUCAGAGCAGGCUGCUAUACAUUAUGGAGUUGUUUAUGUAGCAUGUUAAUAUUCAUUGUUUGAAUGCCCAGUUAAAUGAGGCCUGAGAUGUCCUAGUGAUAUUGACACAUACCUUCAGACUUUGUAUGUGUCCGUGAUGAUUGCUCAGUAAAAGAAUGCAAACUUGAAACACACAGCUGGGCAUACUUGUAGCUGUCCAUUACCCUGACUGAAGAAACCAGCUUGUAUGAAUAUUCUAUGAACCAAUGAAGUCUUCAUUGCAGCCUCUUUACUGGACUUGAGUGGAGGGGAUGGGAGGUCAUUUAGGGACAGAAUCACAUUAAAACACAUUAAUGAUCCUCUCCUCCUGAUCAACAACUUGGAAUUGUUUUGCGCUCAGAACGGGAGCAACCAGAUGUUACAAUGCUGGUAGUAUGUUCAGGUCGUCAGUUUAACUUUGCACUGUUAGUCGUUGCUUCGCUAUUAAAUGAUUGCCAGACAGCCUCUUGAUGGCCAACGCGAUUAGACUGGAGUGAAAAUUAUGAGCGUUUCUCUCCUCGCCCUGUCUGUCAAAUGGCCGGAAGGGGCUAACAUAAAAGCAUACACCGUGCAGUUUCGUGCGAUUAUUGCAAUUGGUUUUCCAGAGGGACCGACACCGACGGCAUUCACCACCAGCACACACCCCUCAGCACCGGUGAUGCAUCCCCGCGGCAAGGGCACGGACAACUCCUCUUUAGAGUCGUCUCGACUUUAGAAUGGUGCAGAAAUCUCUCAACGGCGGGGUCUACCCAACUCAAGCCGGAGAGAAGAAGCACAAAGUCGGGUUCGUUGGACUGGACCCCGGGGCUCCUGAAUCCAACAGGGAUGGGGCGCUGCUCAUUGCGGGUUCGGAAAGCACCAAGCGGAGCAGCAUCCUCUGCAGACCGAGGUCCAGCAUCUCCGCCGGGAGACCCAGACAGUCGAAGAAAAAUGCCAGCUAUCGGAAACUACAGAAUUUCCUGUACAAUGCGCUGGAAAGACCGCGGGGAUGGGCGUUCAUCUAUCACGCUUACGUCUUCCUUUUGGUCUUCUCCUGUCUCAUACUUUCUGUCUUCGCCACCAUCAAAGAGUUCAAAAAUAGCUCAGAGAGUGCCUUGUACAUCCUGGAAAUUGUGACCAUUGUAGUGUUUGGAGUGGAGUACAUAGUAAGGAUAUGGGCUGCUGGCUGCUGCUGUCGAUACCGAGGAUGGAGAGGGAGGCUAAAAUUUGCCAGAAAGCCUUUCUGUGUCAUAGACAUUAUGGUGCUGAUUGCCUCAGUAUCUGUACUGGCAGCUGGAUCUCAGGGCAAUGUUUUCGCCACAUCUGCCAUCAGGAGUCUGAGAUUCCUGCAGAUCCUGCGCAUGCUGCGUAUGGACCGCCGUGGAGGCACCUGGAAGCUACUCGGAUCUGUAGUUUAUGCCCACAGCAAGGAGCUCAUCACAGCGUGGUACAUAGGCUUUCUUUGUCUCAUCCUGGCUUCCUUCCUGGUAUACUCUGUGGAAAAGGAGUCCAAUGAUGAGUUCGAGACUUAUGCUGAUGCUCUUUGGUGGGGACUGAUCACUCUGACCACCAUCGGUUACGGUGAUAAGGUUCCCAAAACCUGGAAUGGACGCUUGCUGGCAGCCACAUUCAGCAUGAUCGGGGUGGCCUUCUUUGCACUUCCUGCUGGCAUCCUGGGUUCCGGAUUUGCUCUCAAAGUCCAAGAGCAACACAGGCAGAAACAUUUUGAAAAGAGACGUAACCCUGCAGCAGGCCUCAUCCAGGGUGCUUGGAGGUUUUAUGCUACCAACCUUUCCCGUACGGACCUGCUGUGCACUUGGGAUUUUUAUGAGCAGACUGCAGCCGUUCCAAUGUACAGACUUAUCCCACCUCUGAAUCAGCUGGAUCUGCUGAGGAAUCUGAAGGGCAAGUCAUUCAGGAAGGAGUCUCAAACAGAAACCUCUCCCAGUAAUGAAAAUGCACACAAAGACAGACUUUGCGGUUGCUGUCCGAGAACUAUUAGUCGGAAGGCCAGCCUGAAGGACAAGGUAUUCCCCAGUCCUUCAAAGGCUCCUGUGGCUAAAGGGAAGGCACAGUCUCCCGGGGCAGAAGAUGGGGCUGAGGCGAGUCCCAGCAAGGUCACCAAGAGCUGGAGCUUCACUGAGAAGAAUCGAGGGCCAAAACAGGCCUUCAGAGUCCGAGGGAGCACCUCACGGCAAAACUCUGAGGAGGCGAGCCUCCCAGGAGAGGAAAUUGGUGAUGAUAAGAGCUGCCACUGUGAGUUUCUCACUCAAGACUUGCCAUCAGGCUUGAAGGUUACAAUAAGGGCAAUCUGCAUCAUGAAGUUUCUGGUGUCAAAGAGGAGGUUCAAGGAAAGCUUGCGACCGUACGACGUCAUGGAUGUGAUCGAGCAGUACUCUGCUGGUCACCUGGACAUGUUGUCUCGCAUUAAGAACCUGCAGUCCAGAGUUGACCAAAUAGUUGGUAAAGGUCCAAAAGCUGAAGGAGAGGCUGCGGAGGACCAGAGCAUGAUGGGACGUCUUGUCAAAGUGGAGAAGCAGGUGCACUGUAUGGACAGAAAACUCGAUUUCCUGGUCAAUGUUUACGUGCAGCGUAUGGGCAUCCCUCGUUCGGAAACAGAGGCCUUUUUCAACUCAAAAGAGCCUUAUCCAGCCCCGCCUUACCACAGCCCGGAGGAGAGCAAGGUGGAGAAGGAAGAUAAAGAGGAAGUGAAGGAGGAAAAGGAGGUGAAGACAUGCUCAGCUGUAGACGUCCCAUGCUCUGAUGGGUCGUUGGAAAGGAAAGAUCCUUUAUUGGGUCGGUCCGUGGCAAGAUCAGUGAGCACUCCCUCUGGCAGCCACAGCCGCCCCUCUACCUCCUGGCAGCACCAGCUGCAGCACCCUCUCAGCCAGCCUGCCUGGAACAGCAGCGUGGCCAACACCCCCUCACCAGUCGGAGGCAGCGGCGAUCAUUCGCCCACGCUGUUUCGCCUUCCACCUCCUCCUGCUCCGGCGCACGACCGAUCCUCUUGCAGCGGCAGAGAGAGCAGCACCCAGGGCAGGAGGCGCCACAGGAGGCAGAGGUGUCAGCAGGAUGCCACCGCUGUGGAGAGCGACACAUCUCUAUCCAUCCCGUCUGUUGACCAUGAGGAGCUGGAGCGUUCCUUCAGUGGCUUCAGCAUCUCCCAGGCCAAGGAGGACUUCUUUGGGCCUUCUUUCUUUACAGGCUCAGGAGGGGGAGCUGGAACAGGGACUGAAGCCGCAGCUGGACCCUCACUCUGUCCCAGGGUCAGACCCUUCAUAGCAGAGGGUGAAUCAGACACAGACUCUGACCUCUAUGCGCCCUCACCUUUGUCGUUCACUGGAGAGGUCUCAUGUGGUGAGAGGGCAUGGCCAGGACUGAAGUAGGUCAGGAGGAGACCAGUCAACAGAAGACCAGUCGUGAGAUCUUGUAGCCAACUGACUGACUGUUGUUGCUAUUACAGACUAUUUGAUGUUAGGUGAAUGGUUUCAUUUUGCUGUUUAUUACUGAAGAUGGUAGAAAUAUAAAAACAAAUGGGUUUAUCAACAUUUUUUGUGAUGUAACACAAGCCAAGCUUAAUUAUAAGUGAAUUGUAUUCAUCAAGGUUUUUAUUUCAACAGAGAAAUAGCAGGUUUAGGAGCAUUUCUUUAAAUCAGUUGGGGACAUUCCUGUCAUAUUUAUUAGUGAUGAAAGGUACAUGAGAGUAUAAAUGUAUGAGAGACACUUAAUUUUUCAUCAAACUUAUACUUUCACAUUGAUUUGUACAAAACAUGCAAAAGAAAAUCACCUUGAUUUCUUGAUUUGAAUAGUGAAUUUUUAGUACUUACUCAGUUACGCCAAUCACUUUAACUUUUAAAACACCAUGGGAGUUAAUAACGCAAGGUUGUUUUAUCACAUGGUUAGCAUAGUAUCUUGAUAACUUCUAUACCUUUGAAUGACUUGAGGUGUUAUGAUGCCAAAACCUUCGCUGUAUGAUAAUCAAUUAGUCAAUCUCGCAGAGUGAAAAAAUGUGCUUGCUUUUCAAAAUCAUUAAUUCAGCUUGGUGUUUACUGAAUACUACAGAUGAACUGCCCUCAAAGUAUUGCAGACAACUCCCUCAUCAACAGACCAGUGACCCUGCAGCAUGGCAUGUUAAAUGGUUGAGUUCAGGACUGUGUUGAGCAGGCUGCAAAAUGAGACGACGGCUGUGAAAAGUCAGCAGAAAAAUUGUGUUUUUCUAAUAUACAAACAGUGAAAGGAGUGAAUAAAACAUGAAAAUGUGCAUGCAUGAAUGGUUUCAAGCCACCACGCAUUUUUUAUGGGGCUUUGCUUGAAUUCAAUCAUGUGAUAUAGCCUGAGCUUGCUAAUUUGAGUAGCUCUUCUGUUUUGGGCAAAUAUGUCCCCAAACUGUGUACACAUGAAAUGAAAAGGCAGAUGUGUAGUAUCACAUAUCAAAACUAUAUGGGCUCAAAUGAACAUUAACUGAUACAUUUUCUAUUGUUGCCACACUCCGUGUAUUGUUGAAGCUCAGACGUGAUGUUAGCCUGCAGUGAAUUGGUCAGACAUUUAGACUCUCUGCUGCUAUAUCAGAUCUGCACUAAAUAAAGAAAUGCAAUAAAAAGCAAGCAAGGCAAUCAAGAACCACCCUUUACCAACAUUAACAUGGCAUUGUGUUCCACACAGAUCCCAUUGUUUUGUAAGUAAACAAAUUCAUAACAUCAUUAUAAACAUUUCAUCAAUGUAGUGCGAGUACAUUUUCCAAGUGUUUCGUAAUAGGUUCUGUGGUUUGAGAGCAGUUGUUCCAUGUUACAGAUUUAGUCAGUGAUUAUGUUAAAAGCAUGGGAUUCAUUGGGACAUCUGAAGCAUGAACAGUUCUUCAUAGAAAAUCAACUUCAGCAUUUUAGUAUUAACAAAGAAACACGAUGAGAUAGGAAAUAUCAUUUAGUAGAAAACAUUUACGCAAGGUACAUCAUCCACAUUUUUCAGAAAAGAAGAAACAAACCUGCUGGCAUGUUUUCUACGACCCAAAGACAGGACCUGUAGGGUUUUACAUGAUACACUAGCUCUUAGUUUAACACCACCGUGUAAC